AUGUCACAAAACAAGUUGCUGCCAUCAGUCUUCAAUGAUAUGGUUACACCACCAAACUCUGUCCAACGCAGAAAAUCCAAACCAAUGAUUGUUGACAUUUCAAUCAAUGAUCAAGGUGAACAAAUUUAUCAAGUUCAAAACAAUUCAAGAAAGAGAAAAUAUCAAUAUGGAGAUGAUGAUGAGAAUGAUAACGAUGUCACACCAAUUAGAAGUGCACUUGGAACCAUUUCCCCAAACACUUUGAAUCAAAAUAAAAAACAACAUAUUAUUGAUAAUGAUGAAAAAUUUAAUGGUUCACCAAACACAAGAAAGUUAGAAGGUAAUGAUAUAAACAUUUGGAGUGAAGAUGUUGAAGAAGCAUUUGAACAAGCUUUAAGAAUGAUUCCUAAGAAUGGUUUAACCAAAAUUAAAAUCAGUGGUAAAUCUUGUGGUCGUAAUGAAUUAAUUUCUGAUUAUAUUUAUCAAAAGACUGGGAAAUCAAGAACAAGAAAACAAGUUUCAAGUCAUAUUCAAGUUAUUAAAAAUUUGAAAAAAAAUAAAGAAUUAAUUGAAUUGAUCAAUAAUGGACCUUCAAAUCCUCAAGAUAUUGAAAAAUUUGAUGAAAUAUUUAGUGAAAUUUCAUUUCAAAAAUCAAUUGGUGGUUCAACAGAGUUGACAAAAUUAUCUUCAACUCCAAGAACUAGAAUUAAAAGAUCUUCACCAACAACUUCAUCAAGAAAAUCUGUCUCAUCAUCACGUCCAAGAAGAAAAACAAGAUCAAUCACAAAACCAAUUGAAUUCAAUAUGAAAAGAUUUGAAAUGACUUUUUUAGAUUUUGAUGAAUUUUCAAAUUCUCAUACUUUUACUAAAUUAUCAAGUCCAAAAUUAGAUCAAGCUCUAAGAUUAAAACCAAAUGCAAAUAUAUCAAAUAGAUUCCCCAAUUUAAAAGAUUAUCAACUCACCAACAAAUCCAAUGAUCCUGAAUUACAAAUCCCAAUAUUACAUAGUAUGGUUAAUUUAAAUUUACCCCCAUUAGAUAAAAAAACUAUUGAUGGUAAACAUGAAACAAAAUUACAAGUUGAAUUGAAAAACAUUCCAAUUGAUGAAACUAAAUUUGGUUGUUUGACAGUUAUUUAUUCAUUUGGUAAUGAAGUUAUUAGAUUAAUUGAUGAUGUUGUUUCAAUUAAACAACAAAAAAAUUUAAUGAAUCCAUUAGAAUUUAAAAAUCAUAUAUUGGAAUUACCAUUUGCUAAAGAAUUUUGGAAUGCUUUUUUGAAAAGUAUUGAAAAUAAUAUUAAUGAUUCAAAAGAUGUUGUUAAAUCUGAAACUCAAAAGACUAUUGCAGUUAAGGCUAUAACAAUGAAACAAAUCAUUUUUGUUAAAGAUCCUUCUAAUUAUUCAUCAUCAUCAACUUCAUCAACUUCAAUCCAUUCAGAUGAUAUUAGAAGUGUGCUAUUAUGGGAGUUCACUAAAUCAAAUGAUGUUUGUUCCACCACAACAAGAAGAUUAUAUUUACCAAAUCCUGAAGCUAAGAUAAAACAAGAAGAAGAGAUUCAAUAUUUAUCAAAAGUUUCAGAACCAAUUAAAGAGGAGGAGGAAGAUGAUCAAGAAGAAGAGGAAGAAGAAGAAGAAGAAGAAGAAGAAGAGGAAGAACAAGAUACAACAUUGGAAAUGCCAGUACAAGAUGAAAUAAUUCCAAUUAGUCAACCAUUAUCAGCAACAUCUUCAACAUCAACUUCAUCAUUUUCAUCAACAAAUUCCCAUCAACCAAGUAAUUUCCGUACCCAAUCAUUCCCAACCAUCAACUAUUUCCAAACUUCAAGUCAACCAAAUCUUUCCACAUCAUCAACAAAUCAUAAUCUUGGACCACAAUUAAGACGUAUGCAAAGUGAACCAAAUACUUCAAUGUAUUAUAACGAUACAACAGAAUUCCAAAGUGAUGAUUUUGCAGGUUUCCAAAACUCUUCAAAUAAUCCAAUAACUUCAACAACUUCAGCUUCCACUCCAUCAAUUAUUCAACCAAAUGUCUUCAAUUCAUUUGGAGUUGGUGCAAAUUUUAAUGGUGCAGCUGGUGGACCAACUUUGAAUCCUGGGUUUAUUCAUCUAGAUGAACAGAUUCAACAAGUUGAUCAUCAUGGUGAGAUUUUCAGUUGGUGA